AUGUCCGAAGAGAACAUGCGGGGCAAUCCCCCCAAUCCCAAUCCAAACACCAACCCGCAAAGCUCCAGCACCAGCACCAACAACCAAAGCCAAUCCAGCUCUACCUCGCACAACCCCUCAAAAACCCCCUCCCUAGCAACCCGCAUCCAAUCCUCCGCCGCCGGCCUCGCCCGAAGCGCCUUCCAACCCUCAACAGACACAGCCCAAACCCUCGCAAACAGCACAUCUAGCAAGCCAGCCCCCUCCUCCUCCUCUUUCUCCCUAUCAACAACCCACCUCCAAACAGCCCGGGACCUUUCCGCCCCCUCCCAAGCCCCCAGCACAUCCCACGGCCCAUCCAGACCGGAGACCUUCCGCGAAGAUGUCGAUGCAACAACCUCCUUCGGGCUAUCGCCACUGACAGAGGAAGAAUUCCAAAGCGGAACCGCCUACGAGUCCGGCCUGUUACAGUCAGACCCAACUACAAGACCAAACGAAGCCGCACCCUACGACCUCCAAACAACAACCGGUCCCUGGAAAGGCAAAGCCCGCCAAGACCCAACACAACUCCAAUUCGAAACAGCCUGGCAACGUCAACAACACAACAUACAAUCAGAACAGCUAGACACCGACGGGUCAGCCGUCGUCCACCUCCUAUCCGAUUCUACAUUCGACCCGAACUUCGAAGACCCGGUUACAAUCAACGAUACCGAACUGGAUAUAUCCGCUGCCCCGGCGCCGCUUUCAGCGGCUGAGCUGGAAGCUCUUGAUUCUUUCCGACGGGGGCUUGGUCUAGGUCCUGACGGACAGGAUGUGGAGGAUGCACGGCCUGCAAGGAUUACGGGUGCUAGUCUUGUGCCGGAUAUCGAUACGUUUCUUAGUCAGGAGGGGGCGGGGAUUGGACUUGCGGGUACGGGGUCGGGAGCGACUUCGCUUCGGGAUAAUGUGCUGAAUAGGUUGCCGGGGGCGGGGGAUUGGGUUGGUGUGCAUGAGAGGUAUCAUGAUGAGGUUUGGGGAUACUUGGAGCCGGUGCUUGAGGCGGCGAAGGCGGAGAUUGAGGAGACAAGGCCUGAGGGGGAGGGGCGGGGUGGAUGGGCCGGCUGUUAG